UGCGGAUUACAGCCACUAUUUUCAAACCGAGUAGUACAUCUUUACACCAUAGACGAUCUUUGGUGACACUUUUCGUUCUGACGCGGCUAGUGCUUGGCUCUGGCUAGCUGUCAAGAAAUAAGACUCCCAUCUCUUUUCCUGUACCAAAUGUCUCCGUGCCAGAAAGGCUCAUGAGACUCCAUUUCCAAUUUCCAGAAUGGAUGGUGCACCUGAGCUAGUCUAAACCACUUUAUUACUGUGUCUCAUUUUCACACUGCUCUCAUGCUGGAUGACAGGAGAUGAGACACUGCGGCCCUGCAGCACACCAUGAGUAUCCAGAGUCUGGGAGGAGCUAUCGGGGAUUCUCUAGGCUCUAGCCUGACGGUGCGUAUGAGUGGAGCAGGCGGCGGCCGGAGCGCUCUCUCUCUGAAGCCGCCUUCCUCCGGACGGAUUGCCUCUCUGUUCCAGGCCAUGGUCCCCACCGGCUACACCAAGCUGCAGGAGGAACGGCUCGCCAUGGUGGACGUCGGAGUCAAGCCCGAGCUCGCCUCGCUCCAGAACGGCUACAGGCAAGAGCCGUCGCACGUAGAAGGCUCCCGACGGCUCCUGGACCGGGCCUCGCGCUCCUCCGUGACUUUGUCCGACUGCGGGGACGGAGUCUACUCCGAAACGGAGCCCAUGCUGGCCGAGAGGAGGCUCUCCGGGGAGGAGGCGGACGAGGAGGCGGAAGAAGAAGAAGAAGAAGGGGAGGUGGAAGGGCAGAGGUCGACCAGGCAGAACAUGCCCAAGGAGUCGCUGCUGGCCAUGGCGCUGCAGAUCUUGCUGCCUUUCCUGCUGGCUGGAUUUGGAACCGUUUCAGCUGGAAUGGUGCUGGAUAUUGUGCAGCACUGGGAGGCAUUCCAGUUCAUCACGGAGAUCUUCAUCCUGGUACCAGCGCUGCUCGGCCUCAAGGGAAACCUGGAGAUGACCCUGGCCUCGAGGCUGUCCACAGCGGUGAAUGUGGGCAAGAUGGAUUCUCCCAUAGAGAAGUGGAAUCUAAUCAUAGGCAACCUGGCACUGAAGCAGGUUCAGGCCACCGUGGUGGGUUUCCUGGCUGCCGUAGCAGCCGUGGUUCUCGGUUGGAUCCCGGAAGGGAAGUUCCAGAUGAGCCACGCUGUGCUGCUCUGCUCCAGCAGCGUGGCCACGGCCUUUAUAGCCUCCCUGCUGCAGGGUAUCAUCAUGGUGGGUGUAAUUGUGGGUUCCAAGAAGACGGGCAUCAACCCAGACAAUGUAGCCACACCCAUUGCCGCCAGUUUCGGGGACCUCAUUACCUUGGCGAUCCUGGCCGGGAUAAGCCAAGGCCUCUACAAGUGCCUAGAUACCUACCCAUAUGUGUCGUCACUGGUUUGCGCCUUCUUCAUGUGUCUGACUCCGCUGUGGAUUGUCAUCUCGUCCAAGCACCCGGCCAGCCGCACCCUGCUCUACUCUGGAUGGGAGCCAGUCAUCACUGCCAUGUUCAUCAGCAGCAUCGGAGGACUCAUCCUGGACAAAACAGUGUCUGACCCAAAUCUGGCUGGCAUCGUGGUGUACACGCCGGUUAUCAACGGAAUCGGGGGUAACCUAGUGGCUAUCCAGGCCAGCAGGUUCUCCACUCACCUGCAUUUCAACUGUGCUCCCGGGGAGGUUCCUGACGAGGCCAAGGGCUGCUACUACCCCUGCCGCACAUUCUGGGGUUCAGGAGCCAAUCAUCGCUCUGCUCAGGUGCUCCUCAUUUUGGUGAUCCCCGGUCACCUGGUCUUCCUCUACACCAUCCACCUGAUGAAGAGCGGACACACCACGCUGACGCCCAUCUUCAUGUCCGUCUACCUGGCUGCUGCUGCGCUGCAGGUGUUGCUGCUGUUGUGCAUAGCGGACUGGAUGGUGCACUCCAUGUGGCGGAGCGGCAAAGAUCCCGACAGUUUCUCCAUCCCUUACCUGACAGCUCUGGGUGACCUGUUUGGCACCGCCCUGCUGGCGCUCAGCUUCCACUUCCUGUGGGUCAUAGGAGACCAAGACAGCGAUGUGGGCGACUGAGGCGGUGAUGGCGGGGAACGCUGCUCCUGCUCCUGCCCUUGCCCUCCCCACCACCCCCCCCCUCCCCCCGGCUUCUCCCUUUUUCUUAAGCCUUGUGGGAAUGUUGGUGCCCUUCUCUCUCUGGCCAGCACAUUCCUCUGCUUCACGUCACUUGAACCACAUGAUGGUUUUUUGGAAACUAUUUUCUCCCCCUCACAGUUUGUUUGUUUUUUUUAUACACACAAAAGACAUUAUAUUCCAUAAAAUCUUGACUGUUCUCAGUACAGAUUUUUCCUCUGCAUAGUUUGCACCAAAGCACUUGCAUAUUAUAUAUUGAUGGUCUUGUUAAGAGCCGUCAACCCACAGCAGCUGAGGAAACCUUUGCUGCUGCGUGCUGUUGCGUUCUCUGCCAGCCAAACAUCAGUCAAAAAAAAAAAUCUUUUGUUGGUUUGUAUUUUUGGGGAUUUACCACCCACCGUGUCACAAACUUUGUUACCUGCCUUGUGUAAUACGGCUUCGCAACAUCAAGCCAGUGGAGGGACACCGAGACGGCUGGGAUGGAGGCAAGAAAAGAGAAAAGUUUAUCCGAGGUCAAGUCGCUUUGAAGUGCCACGUUAGCAGGUCUGCACCAGCACUAGGGUUAGACGGGAAUAACACACAUUUGUAACGAUGGCUGGAGAAGUCGAUGUUUCUUACUGCGUCUACGUGUUUCCAUGGUUCCGUUUUCACCAAACUCAGCUCAAGCUCUAUCCAUACACAGCAGUUAUGACUUUAUCUCUUUUUUUUCCUAUUUUAAUAUUUUGAGUUCUCCCACAAUGUUCUCUGCAAGGAUGAGGCUAUACAAUUGGUCCUAGCUGCAUGUAAGCCAACAUGCACGGGUGCAGUUCUGAGACAAUUCUGUUUUUUUCUUUUACGUUUUCUAACCUGAUUGAUGUUUACAUAGGGACGUAGGAACGAAAGUGUCAAAAUAAAAAUCAUUUGAUCAUUUUUAA